AUGGAUUGUUGCUGUUGCAGAUCCUGGAAAUUAGCGACGAACAAGGAGGGAGAAGUUGUUGACGUGCCGAACUGGCUUCCUGCUUCAGCAAAGAGUCUGUCGAAACUGAGGGCGCAGACAGCUGUCGAUUGCGGUUCUCAUUUCGCUGUUUGUACAGUUUCAAGUAUGGUUGCAGCGCGUGAAUUGGGCACCCGUAGAGCACCGAAAUUUUCUCAAGUCGGUCACUCCAAAGUACACACCGAACGAAAUAAACCGGCUGCAUUCAGUGCCUCUGAAAAAGUUUAUCUUGUGAAUAAGUUUAUUCCGAAUCGAAGGGAACGGAUUGAUAGAGCGGAAUCGAAAACAUUUUGCUGCUUGUAUCUGCCGGAUGGAAGGAUUGUUACUGCAAGUCAAGACGAACAUCUUCGAUUUUAUCAGCGCUACGAUACGACGAACUAUUACACUAUGCAAGGCCAAUAUGCUGUACCAUAUGUGGGUUGGAGUAUUCUCGACUUGGCACUCAGCCCUGAUUCUCGUUUCUUGGCAUACGGAACAUGGAGCGAUUCAGUUCAUUUCUGUAGAAUUGAUCAUAUCGAAGAUGAUUUAUUCUGGGGCACUCUGACUCGUCCAGAUGUAUUACCAAAUCUUGCAGAUAGGUGA